UUGAACUUCUACAGUUUACCUGCACAGACGAAUACCAGAAGAGCGACCACAAAGACGGCUUGCAUGGCUUCAGUUUCUAGUGGACUGAGUAUCACCAUCGACUCCCUAAUAUAUAUACACUAAGUUUGAUGUCAUAUCCCACACCAUAUAAAAGUCCCCGCGUUCCAAACCAAACACCAUCCACUGAUUCCUUCAGAAUGAACACAAUCAUUUUAGCCGCUCUUGUCCUGGCUGCAGCCGUUGCAGUGUCUGAGGCUAGCUACGGCAACAGGCCUAGGUACAGUGCCUUCAAGUACGCUGCUGCCAAAGUAACUUCCGGCGGAUGUCCCUAUGGCUGGCAUCAGUACAACAACCAUUGCUACUGGUUCAGCAGAGAAAAACUCAACUGGUACAGAGCGUCUAUGAAAUGCACUGCUAUGGGAGGAUAUCUCGCUUCUGUUGACCAGUCCCACGAGAACACCUACGUCAGGCACAUGUUAAGCACCUAUGGAUUCCGAAGAGGAGCAUGGAUGGCAUUGAAUGACGUUCUGAGACCAAACAAACACAGAUGGUGCUGGGGAUUCAUCGUGAAGCCAUGUCACAAAUUUGACUGGUACGGUCAGGAACCAGUUUACCACACUACUGGUGACUACAACUGUGGAAUUUUCUGGAGGUCCUAUAAAUACCACUGGCACGUGGACAGCUGUGGUCAGGGCAACCAUUACGUCUGUGAGAGACCAUUGGGAAAGCCAUGUCUUUGUGUUUAUUAG